AUGUCUUCGAGAUCCGGCAGUGUACGACAGAAGAAUCGACCAGCUGUGCGCAGACCGUCAUUCCGUGACGAAUACAGCCUUGUGGGGAUCCGCUACGAGAAGACGUCUCAGGGCGAAAUGCCCAUACCCAUCACGACGAUCAACCCUGUCCGCUCGCCAUCGCGACCGACAUCAUCGGAAUCAUCAGCAUCGUCGGGCGCCUGUGCGAUCACUGGCGGCAGCCUGAUCAUAGUCAGGCCGCGCAGGACCGCGCCGUCCAUUGACGAGCACCCUGCACUGCGCACUAGAAAGGCAGUGCAACAGCAGUGCAAAGACGUGUGGAAGCGGGACUCUGGCCACGGGGCGAAUAGCUUGUCGUCGAGCACGCCAACCAUUGAUGAGGAAGACGGUGAAGACGGGUCGUUGUUUGACAGGCACUCGGCGCUGUUGAAGAAACACAGACUCUCGUCAGUGUGCGUGUCAGGCUCAGGCUCACCUGCCGUGCUACCGGCAGAUCACAAUCAUCUCCGGCAGGCCAAGCAGGGCAAGGAUCAGGCACACAAUCAUGUUGCAUCUGACAUGCUCGCUUGCCGGGUCGCAUCCGACACGUCCGUCCUCCCAUCGCGUUCUCCGUCUGUAUCAGCGCCAUCGUCACAAUCGCCGCCAAAAAAGCUCGCCAGAGGCCUGAGCAUUCGCUCAAUCUUCUCAAUCACCAAUAGUCCAAGACUGUCUGCGACUGCACGGAGUGCUUCCACGCCAAUGCGGGACCAGGUCACGCCCGAGCCCGUAAGGGAGCCCCUAAUAUGGGGCUAUCCGUCCCCUGAAGCCGCCAUCACCAGCGCUAGCGAUGAGCCUAACAAGAAGACCCCUAGCACGCCAAUUUCAACGCCAAAGGUCGCCGCCCGCGAGUCCAUCGGGUCCUCCUCUCCCAAAUCGCAACCGCAACAACGCGACUCGGUCGAGACCAUCGAAGCCACUCACUAUUCUCCUCUCGACCUGUCACUCCCCCCGGACGGCUUGCUCGACGAUGGUUUCCUAGCCAGCUUAUCCUUCUCUCAGCGCGGCAGUGUCAUGUUUGGUGGGCAGCGAGCUCUAGCUUUGGACGAUGCCACCAUGGCACAUCAAUCAACAUCGCACGCGCAACCACCCCUCGAAGACCCGCGCACGAGCGUCGACAACGAUCCCAAGCCGUCGCCUAGCCCGGCGACAAACCUAUCGCCAAGCGCUACACCCGUAUCAGAGACAAUCCCUGGCUCAGGGACGCCUGCGAGCGACGCGACACCAGACACUGGCCAUGCCACUCCCGAUGCCAGUACGCAGGGGCAAACCUCCGAGCCUGAGCGACCGGCCGAGCCCCAGUCACAGACACAAUCUGAGCCACCACCACAAGCGCAACAAUCCACACAAUACCUGAACGUACCGUCGGAUAUCCGCCUAAUGGAGCCCGACCUCGAGAAGGAGUCCCGAAAGGUGAGAUCGCUCUACGCUGCUGACGAGACCCCUCGAUGGGAAGACGGUGCCCUGCCAUCCUUGUCAGGACGAACGGCCUCUCCCAUCGAGGAGGUGUCGCCCGAGGAGGACGAGAACGACCCGUCUCACGGUCGCCUUGGUCCCGUCAGAAGUACCCCGUGCUCCGGCGCAUCCUCUUCGCUCCGACCUAGCAGCGCGUACAAGACGCACAAGGAUAGUGGUGUUAAUCCCGAAGACGGGGACGACUUUGAGGGUGUUGAACUUGACCGAUAUGGGUUCAUCAGGGAGACGAAACGCCCAAAUUCAUCGAGGGUCGGCACGCCUACAGAGAUGAAGUCAGCACUAUUCUCGCCUAGAAGAGGGAGGAACGUACUGCAGAAGAGGGACGCCUCUGGUGUCGGAUCCCCCCUAGGAACAAUACGACGGCCACCCAGCCGGAAAGUGUCGGCGAGAUCGCUCAACACCCAACAUUCCGAGCUGUCGACCACCUCUUUCCGAUCACAGCGCUCUGCCAUGCGUCAUGCCAGCAACUUGCUCCCUCACAAUCGCGACCGCCGGUGGAUGGACGAAGCGGGCGAUAUGCUUACCGUCUCACCGAGUCUUCAAAACGUUGCUGAAGAAGCGCAAGUCGAGAAGAUCUCGGAGGCAUUGAAGCGGAAAGAGUGGGAGCGAUCGGAGAAGUGGCAAAAGAUGGCCAAGAAUAUCAAGAAAGGAGCUCAGGGGGAGGGCAUGGAGUUCGAGUUCGACGCCAAGAAUCCAAAGCUCAUUGAAAGGACGUGGAAAGGCAUUCCUGACCGCUGGCGGACGGCAGCGUGGUGGUCUUUUCUCGACACCAGCGCCAAAAAUCACCCCAACUCGCGAUCUGUGGACGAGAUCAUCGCCGAGUUCCACAAGCUCCAGUUGAAACCAUCUCCAGACGACGUACAGAUCGACCUUGACGUUCCGAGAACCAUUGGCCGACACAUUAUGUUCCGUCGACGAUACCAGGGCGGCCAGCGGCUGUUGUUCCGGGUGUUGCACGCAAUCUCGAUAUAUUUCCCCGAGACCGGCUAUGUCCAGGGCAUGGCCUCAUUGGCGGCGACGCUCCUGUGCUAUUUUGAGGAAGAGAAAUGUUUCGUCAUGAUGGUCCGCAUGUGGGAGCUGCGAGGCCUCGACCGCCUCUACCGCCAUGGCUUUGAAGGGCUGAUGACUGGCCUUCAAGAAUUCGAAAUGUUCUGGCUCAACAAGGACGUUGCCAAGAAACUGACGGAGUUGGGAAUAGACCCAACAGCAUACGGCACCAAAUGGUACUUGACCUUGUUCAACCUUUCACUGCCUUUUCCUGCGCAGCUUCGUGUCUGGGAUGUGAUCAUGCUGCUGGGCACAUCAGGUGAACGCGAAAUGAAGCCGACCAAGAAGGCUACGAAGACUUUGAUGGGACCACCCACAGGCCUCGAUGUCCUACAUGCCACCAGCGCGGCGCUGAUCCACGCCAUGCGGGAAUUGCUGCUCGACUCGGACUUUGAGAACGCCAUGAAGGCGUUGACGUCCUUUGUCACCAUCAAAGACGAGGAUCUACUCAUGAAAGUCACAAAGGCAGAAUGGAAGGCUCGUCAAGGCAAGCGAAGGUCGUAG